GGAAUGGAGGCUCUAGGACCGCGCGGACAGAGGCUGGGUGGCAGGCAGGGUCUAACCCGGAGUAGCUGCCUGAGUCACCGGCCCCGCCCUCCCGAACCGGACACAGCGGGAGGCCCGGCAGCAGGCGAGCAAGACCGCGGACCGCCGGAUCCGACUCAGCUGCAAUCAUGUUCUUGGUGAAUUCGUUCUUGAAGGGUGGCGGUGGCGGUGGGGGAGGCGGGGGUCUGGGCGGGGGCCUGGGGAAUGUGCUCGGAGGCCUGAUCAGCGGAGCUGCUGGCGGCGGCGGUGGCGGCGGCGGCGGCAUGGGACUGGGAGGAGGUGGCGGAGGCGGUGGAACUGCCAUGCGCAUCCUGGGUGGAGUCAUUAGCGCCAUCAGCGAGGCUGCUGCGCAGUACAACCCGGAGCCCCCGCCCCCACGUAGCCAUUACUCUAAUAUUGAGGCCAACGAGAGUGAGGAGGUCCGUCAGUUCAGGAAACUUUUUGUCCAGCUUGCUGGAGACGACAUGGAGGUCAGUGCCACAGAACUCAUGAAUAUCCUCAACAAGGUCGUGACCCGACACCCGGAUCUGAAAACUGAUGGUUUUGGCAUUGACACUUGUCGGAGCAUGGUGGCUGUUAUGGAUAGUGACACCACAGGCAAGCUGGGCUUUGAGGAGUUCAAGUACCUCUGGAACAACAUUAAAAAGUGGCAGGCUAUAUACAAACGCUUUGAUGCUGACCGGUCAGGGACCAUUGGUAGCCAUGAACUCCCAGGAGCCUUUGAGGCAGCAGGAUUUCACCUGAAUGACCAUCUUUACCAAAUGAUCAUCCGUCGCUACGCAGAUGAGAGUGGGAACAUGGAUUUCGAUAACUUCAUCAGCUGCUUGGUCAGGAUGGAUGCCAUGUUCCGUGCUUUCAAAUCUCUUGACAAAAAUGGCACCGGGCAGAUCCAAGUGAACAUCCAGGAGUGGCUGCAGCUGACUAUGUACUCCUGAGUGAGAGUCGCAGACCUGCCCCCCCAGCUCACUCUGGAGCCACCCUGAACCCUGACCCUGACUGCAGCCACAUUUUCAUGGUCAUGUUCUGCUACCCAGAGGCCUUUCUUCUCCCUGUUCUGCUACCCAGCUUCCCAGUCAGAAGCCAGAGCUCAACAUGCCCCAGCUUGCCGUACCGUACCCUGAGUUACCUCUGGCUCUGAGAUGAGCUAGCUUGCUCUGCUGAAAGGUCACCGCACCCCAGCACACCCAAUCCACACCCUCUGUUACCUCCAUCCUGUCUGUGUGCCAAGCCUAGCACUCCUGUCACUUCCAUGUCCUAAGGGCCCUGUCUUAGUUCUGGGAGGAUUGCACCUGACCCUACACGCCCUGUUACACACUCACACAGUUACCUCCCAGGUAGCCAAAUGAACUCCAGGCCAGGGCAGGUCCACACACCCUAGUGCCUAUGCCUGCCCUGUGCUCCCCCUGCACAGCUGUCAGGCCCGGGAGGAAAUAAACUCUCUCCACUUGCUGCUUCCUUUGGACUCUGAGGGCUGAGAGGUGACGUGGAGUCCAGGCAGGAGAGAACAUCAGUUCUA